CAGUGAAUGAAGAGUUUCGCGCCUCAUCCCUUCAUCCCAGCUCUCCGGAUCACGACCAUCUUCCCCUUGAUUGAUUCAUCUCGACGCCCGUGCGCCGUCCACCUGCAAGAUGGGCUCGACGCGCAUCAACUCGCAGCCAAUCAUCCCCUUCCGCUCCCGCCUCGCACAUUUCUCCACUCUACCACUAUCAUCCCCCUCAUCACCAUACACACCAGCUGACCUCAUGCCCGCCGCUCGAAGCUCUCCUAGAGCUACGAGGGCGAGCAGCAGAAGCAAGGCCGCCGCCUUCCGCUCGUCUCCGGUGGCGAAAGGCGGUGCUGCUGCCGCUGCCAAGGGUGGCGGUGGCAUACAAUCGCCCUCGCAUUUGCGAACUCCCUUGGCUACCAAGACGAAUAUCGCACGUCGUCAAGAUGCAAGCGAAGAGGCGGAGCAGCCACUACCUCGUGAAGUAGCAGCCUCAAAACUAGAGCCACGCCCACCAGGAAAGCAGCGCUUUCUCACCCCCGGCAGCAUCGCGCGAGUACAAAGUCUGGACCAGCGCCAGUCCAUUGAUAGCGACCUCGAGGCAGCUCUGCUCGCCGACAGCCAAGAGCAGCAGCCACUACCAUCGCUGCGCAACGAGGCAGAGCUUCAACUCCGUCAGCUUUCUGUUCCUCCUCCCAUCACAUCCACGCCGAUCAAUCGGCACCGCGUCGCCCACCCCAAGUUAGCAGCAGCCGGGCCAUCCAAGGUUGCACCCUCACCAAUCCGCCGCCCUGCCUCAGCCACCAAGCUUCGCAAGUACGCGCCACCGCUUCGGGAGCGCAGUGCGGACUCAGACGAUUUUGAAAAUGAAUACGUCGAAGAAAGCAGGGACACGCAGGCUCGUACGCAAAUCCCCGUCCCCGCCGCGAUUCCAUCAAGCCUGCAAACGCAGCAGCAGCAACAGCAGCGGCAGCGUCCAGCCACUCCCAGCAGUGGGCGCGGUCGCAUGAGGGAGGGAGUCCCACGCGCCUCGACUCCAGUACCAGGUCGAUCCUACCUCGACGAGCAGAUGCUCCAUUCUCCGGGUGAUCGUGGGCCGGACUUCUUCGCAAUGCAGGCAAGCGGAGGAGGCACGCCUUCUUCUUCAGCACAGCGCCGGCGUCUUCAUGAGCAGCAGCGACGCGGCUCAGGCUCAGUUACAGGGCAAAAGCGACGCUUCGAGUCCCCCUCCCACUCUGCCACCAGCCAAAGCCGUCGACACUUGCAGCUCCCCUCCGACGCGACGGACGAGGAGGUAGCGCGUACGAAGGAGGCAAGGACUGCUGCUUUCGUUCGCAGCGCGAGUCAGGCAGCAAGGAGCAGCUCGCAACAGCGUCAGCUGUAUCAUCACAAGGGAGCAGCGAGGACACCUGCUGGUAGUCGCGACCGCGACUCGGCACACAAGGCUGGACAGGGUAGCGAGCGCCGCAGUAUUGCCGGAGAGCCUAGGUCUGAACACAAACGCCGAGACCGCGGUGAUAGGAGAGACACUGCAGCGGACAUUGAGGAUUCACAAGACCCCUUUGGAUUUUUCCGAGCUGAAGAGCGCAUCAAGCGAAGGAGGAUGGUGAGCGCAGGCUACGCGGCGUUGGUGCCUGAAGGCAUGGGUGCUGGAGACAGGAAUGAGGAUACGGCCUUUGAGGAGAUGAUCGAGAAGCAAAAUGAGACGCUGCGGUCGAUUCGAGAGGGAGGGCUGGGGAUUGGUGAUGAUACUGGAAACGGCAGCGACGAGCUGCAGAUGGAGGGUACGGGACGGGAAGAGGUACGCGAAGAGGGCCGUGAAGACGGUGACGAGGACAUGCCCGACGUGCUGGGCGUACUCACGAGUACUCGUCGCGCUAUAGGGAACGUUGGUCAGAGCAGAAACGACGAAGACGAAGACGAUGACGAUGAUGCCAUCCUACGGCGCAUCUUGGGUUCAGCCGACGAUGCUUCGUCCGACCCUGCAGCAGGUGCCGCUGACAAAAGACAGAAGGGGGAUCAAGAGGGCAACAGCAGCUCAAGCGAUACGGACGAUUAUGCUGCUCCGUCAACUAGCAAGAGGCCAGCAAGAGGAGGUCAGAAGGGGAUAAAGGGACAGCAAGGCAAGGCUCUCCCGGCGCAAGAGAAGAAGGCCGCUCCUCGACGAGCAGCGGUACAACGAGGCUCGCGACGCGCCACCGCGCGUGGCAAGGCUGCCCAAGGCAGCGACGAGGUCAGCACCAGCAGCAGCAGUGACGUCAAUGCCCCAGAAAAGUGGCGUGUAGACAAGUUCCUCGACCAAGUGCUGCCGCGACGCUACGUGCAGGGUGCCGGCAUUACUGCCGCCAGAGAGAAGGCAGCUUCGCCAGAGAAGCGGACAAACAGGAAGAGGGCGAGGUUCGCGGACGACCCUGACGAUGAGGAUGAGGAAGACGACUCUCAUCUCGGCCCGACGUGGUCCUCCUCACCUGUCACGAGCCCUGUACACAAGGCGAAGGGGAAGGGCAAGCAGACAGCUAAGAAGAGCAACGACAACAAGAAGGCAAGAGCUACCGCCAAGAGAGGCAAAGCUUCCAGCAAGGUCGGCGCGAAGAGCCAGUCAUCACGCGCUGCUGCGGGCAAGAAGGCUGUCUCAUCUGCGUCGCGAGCCACGAAGAAGCCAGACAAAGGCGGUUCGGCCACGAGGAGCAAGCGCGGCGCCUCCGUAGCCUCAGCGCCCAAACGUGCCGUCUCUGAAGUCUCCACUGCCCUCUCCUCUGCCCCAUCCAGUCCCUCCGCCUCACCCGGCGAACAAGCUUCUUCCUCCUCCAACUACGGUCAGCGGCCCCCCACCCACGCAGCACUAGAAGAUCGACGAAGGCGUGGCGAUCAUAGUUUGGACGGGUACGAGUUUGAGGAGGAGUUGGUGCUUGAUCGCUGAAAGAAGGACAGAAUAGGAUACAGAGAAAGGGACGAGAGCCAGGCAAUCAAGACGUGAAGUGGGUAUCGAGGAGUAGAGAAAAAGGGGCGCCCGAAGGGUAGCGACUCCUGAGAAGCUAUCACAC